CACACAACUCUUUUUUGGAUCAGCGCCAUGUUCUCUCCUCUCUCUCUCUCCUACGCCGCACGCAAACGCAAAUCGCAUCACGAUUCACGCAUCGCACGGUCGAUUUUAUCCUCCUGCGCCGCCGGAUCGCUCGCCGUCAGCGCCGCCCGAUCCGGAUCGUGCGGCCUCGAACUCGUCAGUGAACUCUGUAACAAACAUUCUACUAGUAGUAAAGCGAGCGAAUUGUCAGGAAAAAAAAGUGGGUGAUUUUUCUUAGCGAAAAGCGGGGGAGAACGGACGCCGGCGCGGCGCGUAGCUGGUUGUCCCGUGGCGCGCCGCGAACGGAUCGGCCCCCUAUAUCUUGGUGUCCUCCUCCCCGGCCAGUGAUCCACCAGAGACGCAACGCGACCCACCACGACGCGACGAUGGCCAGCCACGCCGUCACCGAUGCGCUCCUCCUGCCGCGCUCCGAGGGCGCCGUCGCCGGGGCCGUCGACUUCCGCGGCCGCCCGGCCUCCCGCGCCUCCACCGGCCGCUGGUCCGCCGCAAUGUUCGUCCUCGGGGUGGAGAUCGCGGAGAGGUUCGCGUACCACGGCGUGUCGGCGAACCUGAUCAGCUACCUGACGGGACCGCUGGGGGAGUCGACGGCGGGGGCGGCGGCGGCGAUCAACCUGUGGAGCGGCGUCGCGACGAUGCUGCCGCUGCUGGUCGCCUGCGUCGCCGACGCCUGGCUCGGCCGCUACCGCACCAUCGUGCUCGCCUCCCUCCUCUUCGUCGUGAGCAUGGGGAUGUUAACCCUCUCGUCGGCGCUCCCGGCGUUCCACGGCGACGGCGGCGGCUGCAGCUACACCUCCAAGUCGCUGUCCUGCGCUCCCUCCACCGCGCAGGUGGCCAUCUUCUACGUGUCGCUGUACCUGGUGGCGCUCGCCGAGGCCGGGCACAAGCCGUGCGCGCAGGCGUUCGGCGCCGACCAGUUCGACCAGAACGACGCCAAGGAGUCCGUCUCCAGGAGCUCCUUCUUCAACUGGUGGUACUUCGGCAUGUGCUCCGGCACCGCCAUGACCACCAUGGUGUCCUCCUACAUCCAGGACAACAUCGGCUGGGGCCUCGGCUUCGGCAUCCCCUGCCUCGUCAUGGCGUUCGCCCUCGCCAUGUUCUUGCUCGGGACAAGGAACUACCGCUACUACGUCUCCACCCAGUCCAGCCCCUUCGCUCGCCUCGCCAGAGCGUUCGUCGCGCUCAUCAGAGGAUCCAAAGACGACGCUCUUGCCGUCGUGGACGAUGACGACGGCGGCGACCACCGAGAGGAGCUGAGAGGCGUGCUGCGGCUGUUCCCGAUAUGGGCGACGUGCAUCAUCUACGCGGUGAUCUUCUCCCAGUCGUCGACGUUCUUCACGAAGCAGGCGGCGACGCUGGACCGGCGGAUCGGCGAGAGCUUCAGGGUGCCGCCGGCGGCGCUGCAGACGUUCAUCAGCGUCACCAUCAUCGCCUUCAUCCCGGUGUACGACCGGGCGUUCGUGCCCGUGGCGCGGCGGUUCACGCGCGCGUCCUCGGGGAUCACCAUGCUGCAGCGGAUCGGCACGGGCCUCGUGCUGGCGCUCGCCGCCAUGGUCGUCGCGGCGCUGGUGGAGGCGAGGCGGCUCGGCGUCGCCAGGGACGCCGGCAUGGUGGACGACCCCAAGGCGGCGCUGCCGAUGAGCCUGUGGUGGAUGGUGCCGCAGUACGUGCUGUUCGGGCUCUCCGACGUGUUCGCCAUGAUCGGCCUCCAGGAGUUCUUCUACGACCAGGUCCCCGACGCGCUGCGCAGCCUGGGGCUCGCCUUCUUCCUCAGCAUAUUCGGGGUGGGUCACUUCUUCAGCAGCUUCAUCAUCUCCGCCAUUGACGGCGCCACCAAGAAGAGCGGGGCGAGCUGGUUCGCCAACAACCUCAACCGCGCCCACCUCGACUACUUCUACUGGCUCCUCGCCGGCCUCUGCGCCGUCGAGCUCGUCGCGUUCGUGUUCGUGUCGCGCGUUUACGUGUAUAAGAAGAGGGUUCCUCACAACGGUUGUGAUGUCAUGUAGAAGUAGAGGUUAGCUAGCUAAUUCUUGUGCAUGUUCUUGUGAAAUCUGAAAAUGUUUGUACAGGUGAUUAAAUCCUAGAAAGUGAAUAAAACCUUGAUACUUAAGCUCUGA